GACUUGUUGACAGUCAAACAGAAUCUUCCAAACGUUAGGAAGAGUUAAUUAGACAAUGUAUAGAAGAGAUGAGAUGGGAUGGGUCUUUGAAGAAGGCACUAGGGUGAUGCGAGAAACUGGGGAAGAAAGUCGUAGAACAUUACAGGCUGUUUCAGAACAAGUGGUUGAGCAAGUGCGACAGCCCAGACCUGAGAUUCCUCCUCCAGUCGUUGAAAUGCCCAGACAGAUUCAGGAAGCCCCAAUCCCAACACUCAGGGGGCAAGGGAAUCAGCCUCAUCCUAACAUUCAACAGCAGAAUUUCUUCAUGGGUGAAGGACAAAGACAACAUGAACCAAUGGAGGCUGCUGCUCCUGUUGCAGACCAUGGCCAUCAACAUCAGCAUAGGUAUGUUCCGCCAGGUAGGAAGGGGAAUGUGGGUCCUCAUCAUCAACCCUACCCAAGGGACUUUUUCCAGCCACAAGUUCCUCCAGCCCAGCCGGUACAGCACGCCUUGAGACCAUUGGUGCGUCCAGCCUCUAGGAAGCCUUAUCUAGACAUCAUUGAUCAUGAAAAUCCUUUUCCAAGGGGUUUUAAAGUGCCUGAGUUCACUUUAUUUUCUGGUGAGGUUGGUCAGUUCACUAUUGAACACAUUGGACGCUUCACAAUACAGUGUGGAGAGGCGUCUGGAGAUGAUAACUUGAAACUCAAACUGUUCCCUAGCUCUUUGACUGGGACAGCCCUUACUUGGUACCUCGGUCUGCCUCAAAAUUCAGUCUACUCUUGGAGGCAAAUGGAGGACUUGUUUCAUACUCAAUUCUAUCGAUGUGAACCGGAAGUGUCUAUGGCAGACUUGUCGAGGUUAGCCCAAAAGCCUGGAGAGUCGUCUGAGGCAUUCCUUGUUAGGUUUCGGAGAGCCAGACUGAAAUGUAGAGUUGCACUACCAGAACAGGAAUUUGUCAAGCUCGCUCAGAAUGGUUUGGACAUUGAGCUCCGAAAGAAAUUUGAGGGGAUGAAAUUCCAAGACUUCUAUGAAUUGUCUUAUAAAGUGGCUCGGUAUGAAAAUCUGCUGAAAGAAGAUGUUCAAAAGAAAGCUGCAUCACAUGGAACCUAUUACAGUGACCCUAAUUUUGAUCUUGAUAUGGCUGAGGUGGUUAUAGACAAGCCUGUUGUUUGUCUAGACCUUGUCAGACCAACUCACCAACCUGAGACGUCUAUGAGACGUUAUGUUGACAAAGCGAAGGAAACCAUGGGAGUGGAUGCAGACCCUUUUCCAGCUGUGUCUGUCGGCGUGAAUGUUGCAGACCUCAGGAGUGUUACCAGAAAUCGUAGUCUGCCUUAUGCUCAAAGGAACCUUGCUGCUGAAGACUUGAGGUGGGUGCUUGAGGCACAGAGAUCCAGACAUAGCAGGAGCGUCAGGUCAAACAAACAGAGACUUAGGGGGCAAGGAAGGAUCACUAUGACCAGGAACUUCAGUCCAAAAGGUGCCAUACGUUACUCAACUGGUACCAGAUCUCCAAGGAUGGUCAAACCGCCACUUAAGUCACCUUCCAGACGGCAACAGCAGCAGAUGGAGGUUAAGGGAAGUUCAUCUCGCAAACCGCACCAACCUAUAAAAAGGAACAUGGUGUGGGUGAGAAAAGAGAAAAAGGAGGCUGUAACCCAGACUCUACUUAAGGGGGAUGACCAAUCUCCAGCCUCUCCAAAGGUGGCGUCUGUCAUUGUGAGUCCAGACGGGGUUUUGAAAACAACUUUUGAAGCACAAGAACAGUCUGGGAAUCAUGGAGCUGAAUCAAAAGAAGAUGGCAUUAUUCAUUUUGGGGAAUUCUCAGUGAAUUUGUCAUGUCUGGUGCUGACAUUACCCUUGCUCAGGAUGAUGAAGAGGAGAGCUGACAAAAUUGUGUUUGAAAAACCGGAAGAAAAGAUGGCCAGACACAUUAGGCCACUUUAUAUCAAUGCUCACAUAGAUGGGAUUCCAAUCAGCCAUGUCUUAGUGGAUAAUGGAGCUGCAGUCAAUGUCCUUCCAACUUGCAUGCUCUACAAAAUAGGCAAGUCUCUUGAUCAUUUAGUGCAUACUGAGGUUACAAUUAGUGAUUUUACAAGAGGGGUGAAUCGUUCAAGGGGUGUGCUGCUUGUUGAAUUAACAGUGGGAAAUAGGACACUGAUGUCUGCGUUUUUUGUGGUGGAUACUGUUGCUACUUACAAUGCACUUUUGGGGCGUGACUGGAUUCAUUCAAGUUGGUGUGUCCCUUCUUCACUUCACCAGAAACUGAUUUUCUGGAAUGGUGGCAAGGCUGAGGUCGUGUCUGCAGAUGAUAAGUCUUUUUCAGCCAACACUCACCUGGUGGAGGCUAGAUAUUAUGAAGAAGACAUUGGUACCAUUCAGUUUUUUGGGAUGGAUAGACAUGGGAAACCGAUUGGGAUAACAGGAUGCAGCAGACCCUUAUUGUCUAAGCGUGUUGUAGAGGAAGAAAGAGAAAAGGCCGUGUUGGAGAUAACAAAGAAAUUAGCGGCCUAUUUUGCUGAAAAAGCAGUUCAAGUAGAUAGGUUUGAAAUUGUUCAUGAAGGUGAGGAGGCAGACCGAGGUGAUGAAAUAACUUUGGAGGAGCUGGAUUUGGCCUCAGCCAAAUUGGAUGAUUUAAAAGCUGAAGUUCAAGACCUACUGGAGGAGAUCAAUCUAGGGUCUGAAAGUGAACCAAAGGUAACAUUUAUCAGCGGCUCCCUUGAGCCACAGACACGAGAUCAAAUUGUCAGACUUUUGCAUGAAUUUAAAGAUUGUUUUGCUUGGGAUUACUCAGAAAUACCAGGUCUGGAUCGAAAAUUGAUGGAACAUAAAUUGCCAAUUGUAGAAGGAUUCAGACCGUAUAAACAGCCGCCCAGACGCAUGUCUGCAGAGGUCACUUUGAAGGUGAAAGAAGAAAUUGAGCGGCUGGUAAAAGCUGGGUUCAUUUGGACAUGCAGGUAUGCAGACUGGUUGUCAAAUGUAGUGCCUGUGUUGAAAAAGAAUGGAAAGUUAAAAGUCUGUGUUGAUUUUCAAAACUUGAAUUUAGCUACACCAAAGGAUGAGUAUCCUAUGCCAAUUGCAGACUUGUUGGUUGAUGGAGUAGCCUGUCACAAAAUUCUAUCUUUCAUGGAUGGCCAUAGUGGGUACAACCAAAUUUUUAUUGCAGACGCAGACGUGCCUAAGACAGCCUUUCAAUGCCCAGGUGCUGUUGGAACUUUUGAAUGGGUUGUGAUGCCAUUUGGUCUGAAGAAUGCUGGAGCUACUUACCAAAGAGCCAUGAAUGCAAUUUUUCAUGAUAUGAUUGGUAAAUUCAUGGAAAUCUAUAUUGAUGAUGUUGUGGUGAAGUCACAUGGCGAAGCAGACCACCUAGUCCAUUUGAGGAAGGCUUUUGAGAGGAUGAGGCAACAUGGCUUGAAAAUGAACCCACUAAAGUGUGCCUUUGAAGUGUCUACGGGUAACUUCCUUGGGUACUUGGUGCAUGAGCGUGGUCUAGAGGUUGACAAGAACAAAGCCAGGGUUGUGAUUGAGGCGAAACCACCACAGAACAAGAAGGAGUUGCAAAGAUUUCUUGGCCGAGUUAAUUUUUUAAGACGGUUCAUUUCUAACUUGGCUGGGAAAACCAGACUCUUUUCUCCUCUGUUGAAACUCAAGUCUGAGGCGGAUUUUAAGUGGAAAGAGCACCACCAGUCUGCCUUUGACAUUAUAAAGUGUACAGAAACCAUGUCUGGAGCUGAAGUCGUGGUAAUUUCCCCGUCUGGGCUAAAAACACAGAUGUCUUUCCAGCUGGAUUUUGAUUGCACAAAUAAUCAAGCAGAAUAUGAAGCUUUGAUUAUUGGUCUUGAGAUGUUGGUGGAGCUGAAAGUAUCCAUGGUUGAGUUUGAUGACGUGUCUAUCAGACACGUCUCUAGAGACCAGAACUAUGAAGCUAAUGAAAUGGCCCAGAUUGCUUCAGUCUCUACUUGCAGCAUUGAUGUUACCCAGACAGAUUGGCGCUUUCCAAUUAUUCAGUACCUUAAGGAUCAAAACAGUAAGGUAUCUAGGAAAACCAAAAUGCAAGCUCUCAAUUAUGUUUUGAUUGAGGAUGUGCUUUAUAGGAGAGGCCAUGAUGAACUACUGCUGCGUUGUCUGGGUCCAGAUGAAAGUUUCCAGAUGCUGUCUGAUGUCCAUGAUUGGAUUUGUGGUCCACACCAGGGCUACAAAUCUUGUCAGAUCCAUGGGCCACUUCAAAGAGUUCCAGCCUCUGAACUUAAUUCUAUUGUGAAACCAUGGCCAUUUCGAGGCUGGGCUAUUGACUUAAUUGACCAAGGCACAGUUUUUGUUAGCCAUCAAGUGGAGGCAUUUGCAAAGGAAAUGGGUUUCCGUCUGUUAAAUUCUAGUCCUCAUUAUGCACAAGCUAAUGGGCAGGCGGAGGCUUCUAACAAGGUGGUGAUUAAUUUGCUUGAAAAAAUGGUAGAUGACAAUCCCGGACGCUGGCAUGAAUUAUUGUCUGAAACACUGUGGGCUUAUAGAACUUCACAAAGGAGUUCAACCAAAAUGACACCUUUUGCCUUGACAUAUGGCCAUGACGCAGUCUUGCCAAUGGAGCUAACAGCCAGGUCUUUAAGAGUGGUGAUUCAGCAUAAUCUCCAGUCUGGAGAAUACGAUGAGGCCAUGAUGCUUGAGCUUGAGGACCUUGAAGACUCACGUUUGACAGCUUUGGACAGAUUGCAAGCUCAAAAACUCAAAAUUGCAAAAUCUUACAACAAGAGAGUAAAAGGUAAAAAUCUGGCAGUUGGUGACUUGGUCUGGAAAGCAAUUUUACUUCUUGGCAAGAAAGAUCACAGAUUUGGGAAAUGGUCUCCAAAUUGGGAAGGACCAUUUCGAAUUCAUGAAGUGUUGAGAGGGGGUGCUUAUUGGUUGGAAUCACUUGAUGGAGAGCUUCAUCCCAAAAAAAUCAAUGGAAUUUAUCUCAAGCCUUAUUACCCCACAGUCUGGGAGGCAAGAGGUUUAGAGUCCCAAGAAGCUGUCUGAGCCAGGUUCAUACUUCUGUCUGUGCAUAAAUAAGUUGAUUUGCU